AUGGCUUCAAGCACGGACAACAAGAUCACUCUCUAUACCAGCCAUAUUUGCCCAUGGGCACACCGGGCACAUAUCGUUCUUUCUGAACUCGGCCUCCCGUUUGAGGAGGUUCUGAUUGACCUUGACCGGCCCCGGGACCAAUCCUACCUUGAAAUCAAUCCCCGUGGCCUCGUGCCAACAUUGAUUUACAAUGGCGAGAUCAUCGCCGAGUCUGCCAUCGUCGCGCAAUUUUUGGCAGAUGCUCACCCGUCGCACCUCGUCCUUCCAUCAAACGCCCCGGGAGGCGCUCUCCAGAGAGCACGAAUCAGCUUUUUUGUAGACGCCUCCUUAAGCAAAGUUCAAGGGAACCUUGUGAAGUUUGUUGGGGCCAAGACAGACGCAGAGGGCGUGACUCAUAUCGAAGCUUAUAUCGAGGCGGCAGUGAAGGAACUGGAGCCGCUCCUCCAGGACGCGAAACCUUUCUUCGGCGGAAGCGACAAGCUUACACUAGCAGAGGCUCUCACUGGUUCAUUCAUCAUUCGUUUGUUAGCUCUUUUCAAGAACGGGGUGAUCCCGAGCAGCUUGGAAGUACAAUUGAAGGAGAAGGCGCCAAGCUUCUACGCUUGGGCAGUGGCUGUUGCGGCCCAUCCAAGUGUUACUAACAUUUUCGAUGAAAAGGCAGUUGUUGAUUUCUACAAAGGUCGAAUCGAAAAGCUUCGCAGCCCGGAUUCAGAACAUGAGCCCGUUUACCCUAGUCUUGCGAAAUAA